UGAGUUUCUUUUAAUUUUAUAGAAUCGAUUUUUGUGGCUGACCUCGCCGCCGUGACGUCAAAGCGAAUAUACCGGGUUAGACCGACUCGGUUUCAUCACGUCCCGGCGUCAGAAAGCCUCGAAAGCCGCUGGGAGGCUCGGAGGCCGCCCGCAGCGUCACUGCCAUACAACGCCGUACUUUACGCCAGGAUCAUGAGUGUCUGCUAGCUGAUAAGCUAGAGAAACCCUGCUGAUGCUGCCCCCGCAUAACCCCACCACCACCAUCACAUAAACUGAUAACAGCCAAACGGACGUGUCCAGCAAAUAGCCCGGUCCCGACUCCUCCUUGCUCAACCGCCAUACGAUGCUUCAAAGACGAAGAAGAUCCCAGGGAGAACUAACGACGAGAGGAGAGCACAAUAAAAAAGGAGCAAAGAAGGGGUCCCAGGUUGACGGAGGACCAUGUUUGUCCCCCUGCCGGUGCCCUUCGUCUUUCAGAGAACUGCGUCCGACUUCAGCGCCUGGAGACUCAAGUCGUCGCUGGCUCCGCGGUCCAGCCCCGAUAUCAGGAUGUCCAAAGCAGAGGAGGAGAAGGCCGGGCCAGACUAUCACGGCGAUGGCUCAGAUUCAGACAGAAACAGUCCAGAUGACCAGCAGUUGCAACUGAUAGAAAGCAGCCCGUUCAGCCUCUCGCCCACAGCAGCCAGCAAGGUGAAGGUGGAAGAAAGUUGUGAAAUGACCCGCAGUGCCGUCCCACCAUCUUCUCAACAGCAGCAACAACAGCAGCAGCAGGCACAGGCGCAACACCACCACACACAGCUGAUGCUGGCCGGUAGUCAGCUGGCUGGGCUGGCCGCACUCCUGCCGGCCCAACAGCAGCUACUCCUCCAGCAGGCUCAGGCUCAGCUCUUGGCAGCCGCCGUCCAACAAACUAACGCCGCGCAUGCCGCCCAUGCCGCUGCCCAGCAACACCAUCACCACCACCAACAACAACACCAAAGCCUAACAUCUCGGCCACCGCAGCAGGCCGCCAAACAGGAAGUGACUGUUCAAGCUCCUCCUCCUCCGCCACCACCUCAGCUUGCCCUCUCUCAACCAAUCCAGCUCACGGCACAGGACAUCCAGCAGCUGCUCCAGCUCCAGCAGCUGGUUCUCAUGCCGGGUCAUCCGCUUCAGUCCCCGGCCCAAUUCCUCCUGUCGCAGCCGCCUUCCCAGGCUCCGCAACAGCAGCAACAAGCUUUGCUUUCCACACCAAAUCUCAUCCAGCUACCUCAGCAAAGUUCGGCGGGGCUUUUGACGUCGCCGCCCCGCCUGGGCCUCCAGGCGCAGCGUGAGAAGAGCAGCGAUGUCAGCGGAAGCAUCACCGCCACGGUAGCGUCGACGGGAAGUGGCGGUGUGGGCGCGGCGGCGAUGGGAUCCACAUCCGCUUCGGGCGGCGCCAUGACGGCCUCCUUAAACUCAACCCUGACUCCCGGGGGCCACGGCGGGCACCUGGGAGAGGAGCCCAGCGACCUGGAGGAGCUAGAGCAGUUUGCUCGCACGUUCAAGCAACGUCGCAUCAAGCUGGGAUUUACGCAGGGCGACGUGGGCGUCGCCAUGGGCAAGCUCUACGGCAACGACUUUAGCCAGACCACCAUCUCACGCUUUGAAGCCCUCAACUUGAGCUUUAAGAACAUGUGCAAGCUCAAGCCUCUGCUGGAGAAGUGGCUUGGGGACGCAGAGACCAUGGCAGUAGACAGCAUGCUACCCAGUCCCUCUUCCAUCUCCUCCCCCUUGCUGGGCCUUGAGGGUCUGGCGGGCCGACGCCGUAAGAAGCGCACCAGCAUCGAGACCAACGUGCGCGUCGCUCUCGAACGCAAUUUUAGCGCGAACCAGAAGCCUACCUCGGAGGAGAUCCUGCUGAUGGCGGAGCAGCUCAACAUGGAGAAGGAAGUGAUCCGCGUAUGGUUCUGCAAUCGGCGGCAGAAGGAGAAGCGCAUCAACCCUAGCAGCAGCAGCACGCCGCCGCUUCCCGGCCAGACCUCACCUGCCGUCACGCACAAAGCCCCCUGCUACAGCCCGCACAUGAUAUCCAGUCCAGGUGUGUCUCAGGGCAGCAGCAGCCUCAGCACAACAGUUGCCACUUUGUCACCGUCCACAUCCUCUUCUUUGACUCCGCCCCCUCAUAGCACAGCCAGCCCCGCCCCUUCUGCUCUGGGGCCUCACGGGCACAACACUGGGAACACGAUGUUGGGAGUAAGCACAGGGAUGAACCAGGCGCUCUUGGGCAGCAAUCCACUGGCUACCAUGCAAGCACUUGCCGCCAGCGGUGGUCAGCUGUCAAUCAUGGAGGCAGGCGGGGGCCACAUGAUUCUGGGCGGCGGCCACGGCAGGGUGCCCCCUUCGCUGCGGCCGUCGCUUUUCCUCAACCGCCCGGCCCUCCUGCCAGUGGUUACGGGCUCCAUCUCCAUGGCGACGGCGUCCCCGCCUGUCUCGGAUCCGACGAGCGGCCCGGCGGGGGGCGCCCCCCGGCUCGCCUUCGCCCAGUCGUCGCCCGCCGGCGCCGCCCACCUCCUGGACCCGCCCUCGUGUCCCGACGACUCCCCCUGUUCCAGCCCCGCCUCCUUCUGUUCCUUCAGCGAAGCCUCGCCGCCUCCCCUGGGCGGGGCCAUGGCCGACUGAAGCCCUCUGAAAAAAAGGGUGGGGCGGGGACAGAAAGCUUUAAAAACCUCGCCUUUCGACCAAAGCCAUCUCUCGGCGCCCGCCGACGUCCUCCCGAGCCAAAAAUGUACGCAAAGGACGAGGGCGGACGGCGAGGAGGCAAAGAAAUGGAGGAGGCGACUCGAAACCAAAAACAAAAAAGGAAAGCAACGUAAAGCUGAGGCGUGUCAGGAAGUAGACCAAGUGCAUGAUGGGAGGCGACCACCACCGAGACCAAAAACCAAAUUCUACAAAUACCAAAAACUCAAAACCAAAUAGAAAAAAAAAAAAAAAAAAAAAACGGAGAGAAAAGCUUUAGACGUUUGCAUUCCGAUCCGUCUAGGAUCACGUUUCCGAUGAUAUCGCGACUCCAUUUUCACGCAUUCUCAUUUCACUCAGGAGGAUUUCAAUGUAAUUUUUUUUUCUCUGUUCGUGACACAAGCAGCGUGACGUUUACAUGCCGACUUCUCUACCUCGCUGACGCGACACUCGUUUUCAUCACUGGAUGCAAACGCGACCGCAAGCAUGAUGGGAAUUGCUUUCAAAUAUUUGUUGAGCUAAAAUGCGAACUGUAACUGAUUCUAAUUUAAACCUAACAUUUUUAAUUUUGUUUUAGUCAGUAAUUCCUGCCUUCUUCACGAAAGAAUUUAACCAAAAAACAAAACUCCAAAGCAACUACUAAAUAGUCUGAAAGGAUAUUUUUUUUACAUUUCUUGAGUUUCAUCAGUUUAUUUAUCGCACUUAACUCAUUCACUGCCAACUUUUCCAAAGCAUUUUGACUAUCUUUGUAGCACGAAACCUACUAGAACAGGGGUGCUGCUGCUGUGAAAUUGAACUAGCUUCAAGUUGCUUCAAUUUCUCGCUGCGUAUCUUCCCUAUAAUCUGGUCGGAUAUAUCAGCGUGUCUCGUUUGUAAUAUCGCCUCACAUUUUGAACUCUUUAAAAACAGCGCCUGUCUCUUUGCAAAUGAGACAGACACAGUUGCUGCGUAUUUUAGUGAAGAAAUAGUCUGCCGUCGCAGUCUUUUUUUGUUGUCACUAUUUUAGAAAAUUGGAAGGGUGACGCGGGGUAAUGUUGCUUGGAGUGCUGCUACCUUUUAGUGGGUAAAUGAGGAGCAGCAUUUAGUGUGUAAGCUACUUCACACAUAUGCUGGUAGAUGUACUGCUGACCAAUUUAUUAAGUGUGUGCGGGCCAGACGUUGAUUUUAUGACAGAGACUGGGGGCCGGAUGAAAUUUGACCACAGGCCGCAUUUGGCCCCCGGGCCGGAAUUUGGACAUGUCUGUACUAGAAGAAAGAAUAAACGCUCAUAUAGGUCCAGAUAUAUAUCUAAGCAUAGACUUCACCAUCAGUUUCCCGUUGGGGGCGGACCCAGGCAGAGCAUUGGUUGCCUGGCUCUGCCAGACUAUUCUCCCUGUAUUUUUCAAACACUGAGAGUAGAGUCUUGGAACCAGCCCAUUAACGGCCUCUCGAGCAGGUACAAAAUCAAUCGACAAAAUCAGAUUCGUUUAUUUGCGUGACGUGUUCUUAACGAGCAACGUCACUCUUGCGCGUCGAAAGUCGUCUCCACUACACAGAUGGUGAACGGGAGAGUCGAGAAUAUGUUCCAAUCCACGGUAAAAUCAGUUUUAAAUU